ACCUCUUAUUAAACACUAUAUAAACACUCUAUUUUUUCAUCGAUCAUCAUCCAUUCAUCGAUCAUCAUCCAAACAACACCACUUUACAUUUAUAUUAUCUGUUGUUUAUUUAUUAUUUCCUGUGUCAAGAUGACUGUUUGCUUCGAUCAAUCCGUACAAGAUCCCCAAUUGGUUGAUAACAAGAACCAUUGUAACACCCAUGAACUGGUAUUGGAGGAAGGGUUUAUGGUGCCUCAUCAUAAUGUGGGUACUGGUGGGUUUGAUGCACCAGAAAUCAAUGCAUUUGGUCACACUUUCAGAGAUUAUGAUGUGGAGAGUGAAAGACAGAAGCAGGUGGAGGAGUUUUAUAGGAUGAACCACAUUUACCAAACAUAUGAUUAUGUGAAGAAGAUGAGAGAAGAGUAUAAGAAACUGGAUAAGUUGGAGAUGAGCAUCUGGGAAUGUUGUGAGCUGUUAAAUGAAGUUGUAGAUGAAAGUGAUCCUGAUUUGGAUGAACCGCAAAUCGAGCAUUUGUUGCAGACAGCUGAAGCUAUUAGGAAAGAUUAUCCAGAUGAAGAUUGGCUCCAUUUGACUGCCCUUAUUCAUGACCUUGGAAAAGUUCUUCUUCUUCCAAGAUUUGGGGAGCUUCCACAAUGGGCAGUUGUGGGUGACACACACCCUCUUGGUUGUGCUUUUGAUGACUCAAUUGUUCACCACAAGUAUUUUAAAGAAAAUCCAGAUAUGAACAAUCCUGCUUAUCAAACUAAGAAUGGCAUUUAUUCAGAAGGAUGUGGACUGGAAAAUGUGAUGAUUUCAUGGGGUCAUGAUGACUACAUGUAUUUGGUGGCUAAGGAAAAUGGAACCACUCUGCCUCAAGCAGGACUGUUCAUUAUCCGUUACCACUCGUUCUACCCAUUGCACCGGUCUGGAGCGUAUAAGCAUUUGAUGAAUGAGGAGGAUGCUGAGAACUUGAAGUGGCUUCAAAUUUUCAACAAGUAUGAUCUUUACAGUAAAAGCAAAGUCCGUGUUGAUGUCGAAAAGGUGAAGCCAUACUACAUGUCCCUCAUUGCAAAGUAUUUCCCAGAAAAGCUCAGAUGGUGAUUGUUGGUGUGCAUCGAUCACAUUGCAACAACAUUUACAUAUUCUUUCUAGAUUUAAUGAAAUUUAUAAAUCCUGCAUUAUCUUCAACAAUUGUAUGAGCAUAUUUGUAAUGAUAUAAAGAUAUUUUGUGGGCCGGAUGUGGCCCACGAUCAGA